CGGAAGGCGGUGUUUCAGCCAGCGGAACAACGCGGCCAGUGGCUCCUCAAAGCCAAGCCGGGAGUUUUAGCCACCAUGAGUCGCAGUUAUAAUGAUGAGCUGCAGUUCUUGGACAAGAUCAAUAAGAACUGCUGGAGAAUCAAGAAGGGCUUCGUGCCCAACAUGCAGGUUGAAGGAGUUUUCUAUGUAAAUGAUUCUCUGGAAAAAUUAAUGUUUGAAGAAUUAAGGAAUGCCUGUCGAGGUGGUGGUGUUGGUGGCUUCCUGCCAGCCAUGAAACAAAUUGGCAACGUGGCUGCCCUGCCUGGGAUUGUUCAUCGAUCCAUUGGUCUUCCUGAUGUCCAUUCAGGUUAUGGGUUUGCUAUUGGAAAUAUGGCAGCCUUUGAUAUGAAUGACCCUGAAGCAGUGGUAUCCCCAGGUGGUGUCGGAUUUGACAUUAACUGUGGUGUCCGCUUGCUGAGAACCAAUUUAGAUGAAAGUGAUGUUCAGCCUGUGAAAGAGCAACUUGCCCAAGCUAUGUUUGACCACAUUCCUGUGGGAGUGGGAUCAAAAGGUGUCAUCCCAAUGAAUGCCAAAGACUUGGAGGAGGCCUUGGAGAUGGGUGUGGACUGGUCCCUGAGAGAAGGCUAUGCCUGGGCAGAGGACAAGGAGCACUGUGAGGAGUAUGGAAGGAUGCUGCAAGCUGAUCCCAAUAAAGUCUCAGCGAGGGCUAAAAAAAGAGGCCUUCCCCAGUUGGGGACUCUGGGAGCAGGCAACCACUAUGCAGAAAUCCAGGUUGUGGAUGAGAUUUUCAACGAGUAUGCUGCUAAGAAAAUGGGCAUUGACCAUAAGGGACAGGUGUGUGUGAUGAUCCACAGUGGAAGCAGAGGCUUGGGCCACCAAGUCGCCACAGACGCACUUGUAGCUAUGGAAAAAGCCAUGAAAAGAGACAAGAUCAUAGUCAACGACCGUCAGCUGGCUUGUGCUCGGAUCGCUUCCCCAGAGGGUCAGGACUACCUGAAGGGAAUGGCAGCGGCUGGGAACUAUGCCUGGGUCAACCGCUCUUCCAUGACCUUCUUAACCCGUCAGGCUUUUGCCAAGGUCUUCAACACAACCCCUGAUGACUUGGACCUGCACGUGAUCUAUGAUGUUUCUCACAAUAUUGCCAAAGUAGAACAGCAUGUGGUGGACGGGAAGGAGCGGACUCUGUUAGUACACAGGAAGGGGUCCACCCGAGCCUUCCCUCCUCACCAUCCGCUCAUUGCGGUUGAUUACCAACUUACUGGACAACCAGUGCUCAUUGGUGGCACCAUGGGGACCUGUAGCUAUGUUCUUACUGGUACUGAGCAGGGCAUGACUGAAACCUUUGGAACAACUUGCCAUGGAGCGGGCCGUGCACUGUCCCGAGCAAAGUCAAGACGUAAUUUAGAUUUCCAGGACGUCCUCGACAAAUUGGCAGACAUGGGAAUUGCAAUCCGUGUCGCCUCACCCAAGCUGGUAAUGGAAGAGGCCCCUGAGUCCUACAAGAACGUGACGGAUGUGGUGAACACCUGCCAUGAUGCCGGAAUCAGCAAGAAGGCCAUUAAACUGAGGCCAAUUGCUGUUAUCAAAGGAUAGAACCCUGACCACGGCCACCGGACACCACUGACCCUCCCUGAAGUGGAAGUGGACAAAAACGCUCUUCAGACAUCAGACUCGAGCCCUGAAAGGUUCCAGCGUAUGCAGCUCUAGCUGCCUGUUCCAAGGUGGCUGGUGGGGCGGCUUCCAGUUCUGGAGUCAGUGUUGUAAACUUUCCUUCUGGAAGGAGUCAUGUUGCCCCCACUUGGAAAGAAAUGUAUAUGCUUCCUCCCUGAUUAUCCCACAGACUUUUAGAAGAAUCUGUUAGGGGGUGAGGCUAAGUCAAGAAACUGCCUUACUCAGUCACACGAGUCUUUUGUCAUCAGAAUGAAGUUCUUUACGCCAGCCUCUGUUUCCAGCCUGUGAGGUAUUGUGAAGAACGUUCCAUUAAAUAGGAAGGUUUUGGAAUGUCUUUUUCCCUCUGUCACUUUGUCCACUUAUCCACUCUUAAACUGCCUUGUCCUGCCCUGAGCAAAACCCUAAAUACUAUUCUUUUGUUUUUUUUUUCUAAAUACUAUUCUUACUUGGCAUAUACAAAUGGGUCAAAGCAGGAUGUUGAACAGAUGGAUAAUGGGACAAGUUAGAGAGGAGGGAUGUGUGUGGAGGUGUAGGGAUGGGUACCCAAAAGAAAAUAACUCUUCAUAGACUUGUUACCUUUGUCGUUCUAAAUAUAAGGCAGAGUUUUGACUUACCUGUAAAAAUGGCAUCAGCUGGUGUCUGUCAUUAAUUAGGCCUGGUCAGGUAGACUUUUCUUGAAUAAUAACUUACAAAGCAGCAUCAGAGAAGCCCCACAAAAUACUGAGUAUCUUUACAUUUGCGAUUGAAUUACUAUAAAACAUCAAAUGGCCACAGCUGUGAUGCUAAUGGUUACUCUGUGUUGACAGGUUGACUAGUCUUGUGCCACCUAAUCAGAUGAGGUGCUAUGUACUAUGAUACCCGAAGAUGUUAAAGUUAUAGGUUACUAAGGCCACAGUUGAGUCCAGACACUAAAAUGGAAAAAUCUAAUAAAGUUGUAGUAUGUUGUUUAUA